GAAUGGCGGAGCCCCGAUACUCUUAUGAAAAACCAUUACCGACUGAUUUCGAUAGAUUCCUGCCGUGGGCAUGCAAUCAGCUCUGCGAGGAAGCCACUGUGGUGGUCACCAAAACUAUUCUCGCUGACUACGUGAGUGUAGUUGCCAGCGAACGCCUCAGGCAAGGCAAGGGAAAGCCAAAGCCGCCAAAACCACCGGCCACAGGAGAGUCAGGUUCUGAUGACCAUCAUUCAGAAGGAGAUUCUCUCACGAGGGCUAUCAAAAAUGACUUAAUUAUCCACAUAGAAUCGAUAUACGAUGGAUCCAAUAACCUAACACACAUUAAGUUUCAUAACAACGCACCUAUUCCAAGAUCGGUCAUGAAAAUCAUUGGUCUUAUAAUCAAAUUCCAUCCAAUGUUGACAAUGAUAACCAUUGACAGCGGCUUACAGAUGCAAGCAAUGUACGAGAUAGCCAAAUUCUUGCCAUUAUCGAAAAUUACAGAAAUCUGUAUGGACUACACGUUCCUUCGUGAAGCUAACUAUCAUCUACUUUUGGAUCAUAAAGGGCUAAAACACCUCUCGAUUUCAAAGUGUAGGAUUACAGACUCCGUUCUCAAAAACAUCUGUAACAAGUUAGUCUUCCCAAAUGUAGCUUGCAAAACACUACAUGCAUUAAACGUAUCGUCAAACAGAAUCACAGAUGCUGGUAUGAAGUAUAUAGCUGAUAUGCUGCGGUCAAACAGAAACCUUAGCUAUUUAAAUCUAGCUGAUAAUAAGAUCACAGAUACUGGCGCAAAGUACGUAUUGGAUUGUUUAGGCGAAUUCCCAUUGAGACCGUCCGAGCUUCUAGAAAAGCGAACCAGACACCUGAUCUAUUUGAAAGAAAGGAAAGAAAUGAUGGAUAAAACUGUACAAGAGCUGAGACUUAAUGAAUAUGAGAAGAAAAUGGGGAGAAGGAAAUCGGCGAAGCCAACAGUGUCAUUAAAGAAGAAGGACAAAGAAGCAGAGGGAUCAAAGAGUUUGUCUUUCGUAGAAAGCAUAUAUUUUGAAAAAGCUGAAUCGAUAGUUGACAGCAUUCUAGGUCACUUCAUGGACCCUUUUAGCCCGGACGACACUUUCCACAGGGAUGGGGAAAUAUACUGUUACGGUAACAAUACUCUCAGCUAUUUAAACAUAGCCUACAACAAUCUCUCUUACUUUAGCGUCAAACAGUUAUAUCAGGUUAUUGUGACCCAGAAGUACCUUGCUCGGAAGCCAAGAGGCUUGGUCAACGUUGUGAUCGAAGGCAACUACUUACCAGCGCAAUGUGAAGAAUUUCGCCUGAUUGACGAAAUCUUGGAAAGUAGUUUACCAAACUAUAACCGGAAGAUGUCGUCGAUCGCUUCGUCGAAAAAACGGAUGAGCGUAAAAUAAGGGAUCGUAAAAUAGAAGAAUAGAUGGAAAGAGAUCCACCUACAAAGAAGUCUGUAGAAUAGCUGAAGGUAGGGCAGAAACAUAAGCAUGAGGAUAUAAUAGUGAUGUCCCAGGAUCGAAAAUCAUGGUAAUUGAUAUACCGACAAGUGCACUUAAAUUGGUCACCUGUCGUGGUCCAUUGCAAGAUAAGGGGCGAAGUUUCU